UUUUUUUUUUAAGGGUGCCGCCUACCGCCUCCGAAUUUAAAGGGCCCGCCGCCGCCUCUCCGAAGUUGGUUUGGAAGCAAGUGGUGGUUGUUUGUGGACGGCGCGUUGUCAUGGGACCUGUGCGGUUGGGAAUGUUGCUUUUCACUGUGGUCGUGUGCGGGGUUUGGGCUGGGACGCCGAAGGAGGAGGACGAGGACACAGAACGCUUGCCCAGCAAAUGCGAAGUGUGUAAGCUGCUGAGCAUGGAGUUACAGGAGGAGCUGAGUCGUACUGGCCGAUCUCGAGAGGUGCUGGAGCUGGGGCAGGUGCUAGACACAGGCAAGAGGAAGAGACACGUGCCUUACAGCGUUUCAGAGACGAGGCUGGAAGAGGCUUUGGAGAAUUUAUGUGAGCGGAUCCUGGAUUACAGUGUUCAUGCUGAGCGCAAGGGCUCGCUGAGAUAUGCCAAGGGUCAGAGUCAGACCAUGGCAACACUGAAAGGCCUAGUGCAGAAAGGGGUGAAGGUGGAUCUGGGGAUCCCUUUGGAGCUGUGGGAUGAGCCCAGCGUGGAGGUCACAUUCCUCAAGAAGCAGUGCGAGACGAUGCUGGAGGAGUUUGAAGACGUCGUGGGAGACUGGUACUUCCACCACCAGGACCAGCCCCUGCAGCGUUUCCUUUGCGAAGGUCAUGUGCUCCCAGCUGCCGAAACUGCAUGUCUACAGGAAACCUGGACUGGAAAGGAGAUCACAGACGAGCAGAAGGCGGAAGGGGAGGAGGAGGCCGAGGCCGAGGCCGAGAUGACCAAGGCAGCAGUCAACCCCACGCAUGACCCGGAGGAUCUCUGAUGCUUCGGAGCUGCCAGGAGGGAUGACGGAGCCUGACCCCUGAAGUCUGAGCUCUCCCUAGCCCAGCUUUAAGGGGGGUGUGUUUGACCGCACCCCAAAGCUUGUAGCAGUUCUCUCCCAUCCAAUCUCAGGGUGAUCCGACAGGGUGCGAGGAGAAGGUGGGAGCAACGGGUGGAAGCCCUGUCCCCGUAGAUGAGCCCUCUGCCUGCCAUCCAGCCCCUUAAUUGGCAGGUGCACGGCGAUGCUAUUGACGGCUCCCCGCCGUCACCCAGGGGUCAGCAGUGGCACUGGAGCUGUGGGCCUUGGGAAAGUCUCUUUGUCGUUGGGGAGCGGGGGGCGUCGAUUUUUCACUUUUUAGAGGGAGAGGCCAGAACACUAAUUCUCAACGGCCCACAUACACUGCCUGCACACGAACAGGACAAUGGCGGGGUUGGGGGGUGAGGCGGUGCUGAUAAGUUAAAGGGGACACAUACUCGAUCUUUGUAUUACAUUCGCUGAGGGCCCACCUCAGAAUUUCACAGGUGCCAAAUUUUAUAUACCGCUAUUAAAGUUUUUUUUUUUUUUAAUAUCAA